AUGAAAGUCAUGCCACCAUCUUCUGUCCUUUUCCAUAUUCUGACAACUAACUCUUUGUCCGCAGUGGUAUGGCAAGACUGGCAGGUGCGUGUCACAUCGACGCCGGCCGAGGCAGGCGGACCGGUGCUGCUAACGUGUGCGGCGCCCGCCAGUCUGCGCGAGCACGCGUCCGUCGCCGCCUGGUACAGGGACGACGCCGUGCUGCCUGCCGCUGACCGCCUCUCUGGCAACACCCUCCUAGUAGACGAGGGAUGGCGGCUGGUGGUGCGCUCGGUGAUGCUGGAAGACUCCCGGGCACAGUACUCUUGCUCCGUGCUCGACCCACUCACGGGCGAGAGAAGAAGAAGUACGCCUGCAAACAUCGACGUAACAGCUAUGAGUGUGGCGUCAGCACCUCGCGCCAUCUCGCACAGUCAAUGGGAGGCGACCGUCCGUCGGGGCAGUGACGUGGUGCUACCAUGCUUGGUACACGCCGACCCUCCUCCUACUGUCACGUAA